AUGGCCGACUCCGAUGAUCGUGUCGGCUUCCGCUUCCGCCCCACAGACCAAGAACUCAUCACUCUCUUUCUCUACAAGAUGGUUGUAGAGAAAAAGGCUCUAAUGGCAACGUAUGACACCAUUAUCCGGAAGUUCAACAUUUUCGGCACCGAGUUCGAACCCUCCGAGAUUUGGAACGGCUUUGGAGGAGAGCAACUCCAUCCCCAUGAUCAAGAAUUGUAUUUCUUCUCCGAACUCAACACGUUAUCCUCCAAAGCGGGUUCCCGAAAAAUCAACCGCAAGGUUGGGCUCGGAGGAGGGACUUGGAGUGGCGAACGUUGUGAUGCUGUUUAUGAUGAAGAGGGGAAUGAAAUCGGACAUAAACGAAAAUUCCGCUACGAGAAUGAAGGGUCCGAGGAACACAGUGGGUGGUUUUUAGAGGAAUAUAGUCUUUCUGGUGAGGGUUGCGCUUUCGAUUAUGUGAUUUGUCGGCUGAGAAAGAAUGAGAGUAAUUACUUCCCUGAUGAUAAUACCAUGAUGAUCAAUGAUAUUAUUACUCUUGAUGAUAUUAACACUCUUGAUGAUACUAAGAUGAUUUUCAGUGAGAUGGAAUGGCCACUGCCAGAUCUGCCACAGAUUGCUGAUCAAAACCAUGUGCCCUUGCCAGCUUCUUCGGUCGGUGCCGACUCUGUUGAUGGCGUAAUAGAAGCUUGUGAGCCAAGUAAUUUGGUGAAUGAUAAUCAGAUGGGCAACAAUAAUUCUGAUGAACAUCAGGAUCAGUUGCUAAACAACACUGAUUACUGUCCUCAUGACACUCUGAUAUUCUUGGGUGAUAGUGAUGAAGAAGGAUACUUGAUCAAUUCUCCGACCAUUGACGACGACAUGGACGAAUUAUUUCCAGACCUAGCCGGGGAAUGGCCAUUGCCACAAAUGCCACAGAUUGCUGCUACAGAUGAAAGCCAAGUGCCAUUUCCAACUUCUGAGGUCGGUGCUGAAUCAACUAAUGGAGAAGAAAUGGAAGCUUAUUGUAAUCCAAGUCAUUUCCAGAAUAUGGGGAAUUACCAACCUCUGGAAGAAGACAUCAACUGCUUCUCCAACUAUUCGUUUGUGGAUGAGUUAAUGGGCCAUUGA